GAUCAAAAGAAUACACAACAUAAAAAAGACACGAUUUUUUCCAUCUAUGUCUCUUUCCCUCUUCCUUUUUCGUGUAAUCAAACUCUGAGAAAAAAAAAAGAUCUAAGAAAACCCAUCAGGAGCUUCUUCACCAAAAUGGCUUCACUCACUUCAAUCGCCACGCCGUACGGUUGUUCUUCGAGAAACUCCAAUACUCCAUCUCCAUCGCAGGUUUUCUGGGGAAAAUCCGCCAGAUUUUCUGGGUAUAAGCCUUUGGAUUCAUCGCGACUGAGAAUUCAAAACGCUUCAACGAAACCUGCGAAAUCAGCAGCUGAAGUCGAGUGGAAACGGAAGAGAGAGGUUCUGCUGGAGAAACGGGUGAGAAGCGUGGAUGUGAAAGAAGCUCUACGGCUUCAGAAAGAGAACAACUUUGUGAUUCUCGAUGUUCGGCCUGAGGCUGAGUUCAAGGAGGGCCAUCCGGCUGGAGCUAUCAAUGUGGAGAUGUACAGACUGAUCAAAGAAUGGACGCCAUGGGACAUAGCUCGACGACUAGGGUUCGCUUUCUUUGGCAUCUUCUCCGGCACGGAAGAGAAUCCCGAGUUUUUGCAGAAGGUGGAAGCUAAACUCGAGAAAGAUGCCAAGAUUAUAGUAGCUUGCUCGUCGGCAGGGACGAUGAAACCGACCCAGAAUCUCCCUGAAGGCCAGCAAUCAAGGUCUCUCAUAGCUGCGUAUCUUCUGGUCCUUAAUGGCUACAAGAACGUUUUCCACCUCGAAGGCGGAUUCUACACAUGGUUAAAACAGGAUUUGCCCGUGGAAUCCGAAGACGAACAGUAGUAAUUACUCUUCACUGGAGUUUUCUUCUGUAAAGGGUUCGACUUUUUAAGACUACUAAGCUUUGAUUGCAAGAGAAUGGAGGGUUUUGUUGCCUUUUAUUGCUUUAAUGACUUCGAAUUAGGGGUGGAAGUUAAAAACCCGAUAUCCGUUGGUGGAUACCCAUCUCAUAGA